AUGGUCUUUCUAGAUAAACAGCAAUGGGAGGAUUCACUUUGUUUGGAGUUGCAAGCUUCAGGUACUCCAGCUGAUAUUCCGUCACAUGCAACUCCUAUAAUUACUGAUGUUAUUGAAGACAGCUCUGUCUACUAUUGUCUUGUUGAUGCGUCUUGGGUAUCAUCUUCACAUAGAGCAGGCAUUGGAUGUCUUUCUUUGAGUUCUCUAAUCGGUUUCAGAAUCUUCACAUCGCCUGAAAUCGUCGGCUUGUGUGGUGUUUUUUCAUCGGAGAAGGUGAUAAACGUGAUUCGAGCGAAAGCUCCGGAGGGUAUAGCUUUCAAUCCAGCAGAGGAAGAAUUGGAGCAUGUGUGUGGAAGACCAUUAAGAUUGCGUUUCGAUAAGAAAACCGGAGAUCUCUACAUUGCGGAUGCCAUUCUUAUUGAAGAUGCGAUUACCUUAGAAAUACUUUCUUAUCAUGUGAUUCCAGAGAAGGCAAUUUUGGCUGUUGUUUUGAACUUUGAUAAGACUGGAGGGUUAAUCAAGUAUGAUAGAUCAAGCAAAAAGGAACUCAAGACAUGUUUACUCAACUUCCGAGUGAAUUUGAGUGAAUCAAGAGAGGUUUUGGAGGUGCUUGAGGAUAAAGAAGGAAAGAGAUUGAGGUUUAAAAGUGAAGUGGAGGAGAAAGAU